AUGACUGUCGUUCACAUUGUGUUAUUCAAGUUUCGCACCGAUGUGUCGGAAGAACAUAAAGCAACAUUUGUGAAAGAACUCAAGACCCUCAAGACACUUCCCUGUGUUAAAGCACAACGUCUUGUCGUAGGUGGUCCCUCUAUUACGGACCCAAUAGAACGAAGCAAGGGCUAUCACUUCGCACUUCUGAGCUUUCAUGAGAACCGCAAGGCACUUGAAGAGUACCAGGCUAGCGCUGAACACCACAGGGUGACCAGCACCUACCUCUGGCCCUUCAAAGAAGAUGUUACAAGAUUUGAUUUCGAAGUUGAACAGGCAGAUGAACACAUGUGGGACUUUGUGGCGAAGGGAAUCGUGAAUGGCCUGCUGGAGAUCUUGGUCCUUCUCGUCAAGCCUUUUCACGGCCAGGACCUGACCGGCUUCAAAGAAGCCUACAAGGACUUGUGUAUUGCCAGUGCGACUCGAAUCAACCAAUUUUGA